UGUAGGCAGAGGGAACAUCCUAAACAAAGGUAUGAACAGGCUGAAUGUAGGGGCCCAUGGCUCAAUGGACCUGUACUUGCCAGGGAAGUUGUACCACGGAAGCACAGUGUGGAGCACUUCUCAUUCCAAGUGGAAGAUUUACGACUAUCAAAAAGGGACAGGGUAAACGUAGUUCUGUGUUUAGGGGCCAACAUACUAGAAAGGUGAAAGAUCAGAGGCCUGGAGAUCAGUUCUGAAGCUACUGCAAUAGCUCAUUAGAGUGUGGAGCUGGAAAGGACACAGAAGAUUGCGAACACGCCUUGUGUAGAAGAGUAAUCCUUAUCAAGUAGCCAGCAGGACAACCUAGUGCACCUUCUCAAAGAUCACAGCACUGGCGUCUGUAUCCCUGCUUCUGCUAACACCUUUGCACACAGCCCUCAACAAAACCCCUCGGGGACCCGCGGAGGCCUUCCUGUCGGCGGGCGACGCAGGCUGGCGAGCGUCUCCGGCCUGAAGCAAGGGACGCAACCCAGAGACGCCGUCCGUCCGAGGCGGCAGUCACCGCCCACGCCGCUCGCAGAAAGACCCCGCGCUGCCCGCCACGGCCUCGCGCGCACUAGGCGGCGCGAGAGGAGUCCUCAGAGAUGGACUCCUUCAGCCUCCCCAGCCUCCUUCUGGUCGCAGGCCUGCUGCUCCUCCUUUUGUGCCUGCGCGCCCGGCGCAUCAGGCAUCUUUGCAGCUGUACUAUCCACCAUGAUGUUUCUACUCUGAUAUACUACCUGGUUUGUGAUAUUCCUGAAUACAUCUUUUAUACUUGUGAGUGCCAGCAAAUCCAAAUUUCUGUGGUCAUUUUCUUCCUCUGUCUUUGGGUUCAAGAGCUGACUGGACUGGAAAGACCACAGCGACCUGGUGAACCACCAUUGAUAAAAGGCUGGCUUCCUUAUUUUGGAAUGACCAUGAAGUUCCAAAAAGAUCCUUUAGGUUUCAUAAGAACUCUGCAGAAGCAGUAUGGUGACAUAUUCACUGUUCUUCUUGGGGGCAAGUACAUAACAUUUAUUCUGGACCCUUUCCAGUAUCAGUUAUUGGCUAAAUAUCACAAAAAAUUAAGUUUUCAAAGACUUACUCAAAAAUUAUCAGUGAAAGUAUUCUCCAUCAAGAUUGUGGAAAACUAUGAGGACCUAAUCCAUGAACUUCAUGGUGCCUAUCAACUUUUGCAAGGCAAAUCAUUGGAUAUAAUUCUGGAAGACAUGUUACAAAAUAUAAAACAAAUGUUUGAGCUCCAGCUAUUAAAAACCACAAAUUGGAACACAGCACAAAUGUUAACAUUUUGCUGCUCAAUAGUAUUUGAAAUCACAUUUACAACAAUAUAUGGAAAAGUUCCUGCUGGUGAAAGAAAAAAGUUUAUCAGUGAGCUAAGAGAUAAUAUUUUAAAAUUUGAUAACAAAUUCCCCUACUUGAUGUCUGACAUACCCAUUGAGCUUCUACAAGAUGUCAAAUCUAUACGGGAGAAACUUAUAAAAUGCAUGACACCAGAAAAAUUAGCUAAGAUACCAGGAACAUCAGAAAUUGUUCAAAAGAGGCAAGAUAUUCUGGAGAAAUACUAUGGGCUCAAGGACCUUGAUAUAGGAGCACAUCAUUUUGCCCUUCUCUGGGCCUCUAUCGCAAAUACUAUUCCAGUUAUGUUCUGGGCCAUGUAUUAUGUUCUCCGGCACCCAGAAGCUGUGGACGCACUGCAUGACGAAAUUGACCAUUUGCUGCAGUCAACAGGUCAAAAGAAAGGGUCUGGAAUUUCCAUCCACCUCACCAGAGAACAGUUGGACAGCUUGGUCUGCCUAGAAAGCAUCAUUUUUGAGGCUCUUCGACUGUCCUCAUAUUCAAGCACUAUUCGUUUUGUUGAAGAGGAUUUUAUUCUCAGUUCAGAUACUGGUGACUGCUGUCUGCGAAAGGGAGACUUGGUAGCCAUCUUUCCUCCAGCCAUACAUGGUGAUCCUGAAGUCUUUGAAUCUCCAGAGGAAUUUAGAUUUGAUCGUUUUAUGGAAGAUGGUAAGAAGAAAACCACUUUUUACAAAAGAGGGAAAAAGCUGAAAUUUUAUCUAAUACCUUUUGGAUUUGGGGCCAACAAAUGUCCAGGCCGAUUUUUGGCAGUUAUGGAAAUUAAACUAUUGUUGCUUGUAUUAUUAACUUAUUUUGACUUAGAACUAAUUGAAAACAAGUCUAUAAAACUAAAAUACACACGAUCGUUUUUUGGUAUUCAGCAUCCAAACUCUGAUAUUUUAUUUAGAUAUAAACCAAAAUCUUAGAGAAGCUAAAAGGAAAGAAAGAGACCCAUCAAAAUGAAUCUAAAUAUGUUAAACUCCUCUAUUAGUUUUUAAUUCUGCAAAUGUAAUUGCUAUAUUUAAAGUUCCAGUUAAUAGUUUAUCUAAGAUCAGGUUCAGUUUGUACUUGGUCACAAAGCCUAUCAUAAAACAAAACAGGAUGGUAGCAUAAAAAUAGACAUCAAAUCAACUUCAUGAUGAUAAAUUCAAAAAGGUUUUUGGGGGGGAGUUCUACUUAUUGUCAUUUUCACUUGUUAUAAUAAAUUUACCUUCACAGCAAUAAAUUUGGUACUGAGGGAUUUUUAAAAGUCAUUCAAAUUCUUCUGUCAUAUAUAUAAGUACAUUUUAUGUACUUUUGGAAAAUUGUGCUGGAAAGAGACAGAGUCUAACAAAUUUCAAAUUCUCAGAGAAGAAGGAAAUUAAAUUUCCAUGAAGUGUACUGGAUGAAAAUGUUCCCUUAGAGUGUAUUGCCAGUGUGUGUAUUAAAUGAGUUUUGCAGUAGAUUAAUUACAACUUCAUUCCAUUAUUUAGUCAUCCAUACAUGCUCUUUAUUACUUUGUAUACUAUGGCUCAAUAGAAUGAAAUUUUAUGUUAUAUAACACCUCUCAUGUUCACUUUAGAUAUUGAUAAGAUUCAAUGUAUAAGAAAACCCAAAACCUAGUAUAUAUUCAGCAAUUGAUCUUGACAUUAGUAUUAGCUUUAUUAUAGGAGCAAAUGUUGAAACCUUUGACUGUAGCAUAAAAUAUGCUGUAAUAUAAAAUAUAAGCGUUAUGCCAGUAUUACACUGAACCUUUUACUAAAUUCUUUCACUUAUAAAAGUCAAGAUAUUAGAUAGCAGUAUUUGUUCUUGAAAUCUCACCUUUUGGAUUUAGAGUUUAUUUGUGUAUCAUUUUUUAAUUGUAGCAUUGUGUAAUGCAGUAAAAUUUCAUAUGACAUGAUGAAAUUUCUUAUAUGGAUCACCAAGGAUUGACAUUUAAUGUAAAUAUUGUUACAAUAUGUAAAUAGACAAGGCAGGUAAUUAAGCCCAGUUAAUUCAGAGGCAUCAACUGAAAAUUCUGAUAGUUCAGAAAUUUAUUAGGUUUUUUUUUAAAGAAAUUGAUUUAUAGUUAGAGAUGACGAGAAACUAGAAGGUAGACCUUUAGAAAUGGGGAUGAGGAUCACAGAGAGGAGAAAAGGAAGGGAGAGGGAGAUAAGGGGAUUAAAAAUGACCAAGACAUGUUAAAUACGUGUACCUCACCAUUCUGUAUUAAUUAUAUACACGAAUAAAAGUUGAUUUUUAAAACAAUAUUGAAAAUAUUUAUUGUAGUUAAUAUAUUCUAGGAUUUUUUUUGCCUUAUUGAAGUACUUGCUUUGAAUGCUCCAUUAUGAAGGUCUGCUUGUAAGAAUUCUGUUACAGAAUUCAUUUGAUGAUUAAAAGUGCUUUACUUCCACCCUCAUUAUUUUUACUUUUUAAAAUUUAUAAUCAUAUAAGUUUAUGGGGUAUAACAUUGUUAUGAUUAUGAAUACAAUGUGUAAUUAUUGAAUCAAGCCAGAUAACAUAUCCAUCACAUCAAAUACUUAUCAUUUUUUGUCAUAAAAACAGGUAAAAUGUCUUAGCAAUUUUGAAACAUACAGUACAGUACUGUUGAUUACCUUUAUCAUGCUUUGCCAUAGAACUCAAAUUUUUAAAAAAGAUAAAGAAAAUUUAUUCCUUUUAACAGAGAUUUAAUAGCUUUUGACCAUCAUCUCCUCAUCUUUUCUAUGCUCUAGCCUCUAUACCUUCCAUCCUGCUUUCUGCUUCUAUAAGCUUGAUUAUUUUGGAUGAGUGAGAACAUGUGGAAUUUGUCUUUCUGUGUCUAGUUUUAUUUCAUUUAGCAUAAUGUUCUCUCCAUCCAGGUUGCAAAUAACAGAAUUAAUUUCUUUUUAAAGGCUGAAUGGUACUCCAUUGUAUACAGCUGUCACAUUGUCUUUAUACAUUCACCUGUAAAUGGGAAUUUAGAUUAAUUCCUUAACUUGACUUGUAAAUAGUGCUUCAGUGAACAUGACAGCGCAGAUGUCCUUCAGAAAACUGACCUCAGGUCUGUUGGGUAAAAACCAAUAGUGAGAUUACUGAGUGUCCUCUUCCUUUGUUUUUCUCUUUUCUAUUUGGAUUUUUUUCAGAUCAUUUUCUGUAUUAAUACAUAAUGUUUGUAUUCCUUGUGGGUAGUUGGUACAUGUACAAAACACAUCUUAAUUUAUUUUCUCAUUCCCUUUCCCCUUCCUCCAUCUGGUCCUCAUUCUUAAAAGGUGGUUUUGCUGGGUGCACAAGUCUAGGUUCAUGGAUAUGACCUCCUAGCUCUUUGAAGAUAUUUCAUGUUCUUAAUGUUUCCAUUCUUAUUAUUGAGUGGUUAGCAGUCAGCCAGCUUAAUUAUUCAGUAUGUAGUCUGCUGCUUCUAUUUUUAUAUGUCCAUUUUGUCUUUGAUGUUCUUGUUUCUGUUGAUCAUGCUUGCAUUGCAUGUCAUGUGCUGGUUCUUAAAUUUGAGAAAAAGUCAAGUAUGGAAUAUUCUUAGCCAUUCUCUCUUUGAAUAUUACCUCUCUCAGACUCUACAUUAGAUCUUCUCACUGUAUACUCCACGUCGUGUGGCAUUUUCUCCUCAUAGUUUUUAUGUCUAACUUAAAUUCAGAGUAAUUUUUUUAGAUUUGUCUCCCAGUUUCUUUUAGGAUAGUAUAUCUAAUCUGCUCUUUAAAGCCUCCAUUGAGUUUGUUUCUUCCUUAUUAAUUUUAAUCUCAGGUAACCAUUUUUCUUACAUGCUUUAUGUGGGCAAUUAUAGUUGGCCCAAACAAGCCCCUUCUGACUUUAUUUACUUAUUUUAUUUUAUCCCUAACUCCUAGUUGAUGUGUACCUUUUUAUCUGUAUGUUUUUAUAACACAUAUGUGAUUAUUUUGAGCGCAUGUUUUUAAUUUACAUAAAUAUAUUAUCCAUAAAUCGUAUUUUUCUCAGUUUUCUUAUUAAGCUUUAGGUCUUUAAAGCUACUGCAUGUUGUUUCAUACACAUUUAGUUUUUUGAUGUCCACUUGCUGUGUUUUAAUGCUGUGCUCACCCAGUGAUAUACACUAUGUCAGUGGGGCAGUUACUGUUGGGGUGAGGCCCAAGGCAGAACUUUAAAACCCCUCCCAGCCUCCCACUAUGGUGCCCAGCCAGCCUCAGCCUGGGCUACCAUAAACCCUGUCUCCAGUUACCCCUACCUCACACACACACACACACACACACACACACACACAUUUAGUCUGUGCCAGUCUUCAUAAAUUUCCUUUAUUUUUGCAUUUAUGGUAGGAUUUUGUUUUGAGGUUUUCCUUAUCAAGUGAGUAUAAAGUUUUCAAGUCAUUUAGGAUGAAAAUGGACAUGUAGAAAUUAACUUAAAAUUAAUUUUCUUCUUCUGUAAAGUCUACCUCUUCAUCUUCAUCAUCUUCUGCAUGUUGAUCCUUUCUUAAUCAACAGGUAGAUACCUGUCCUGUUCCAGAUCACUCUAAGACUUUCUAAAUUUAUUAUGUUCUAGUCUCAAAGACAUCUGAUGCUCUCUCUUGUGUGGGGUCUGCACAGAUAACUGAGUCAGGAUGCCAGCCUCCAGUUGUCAGCCUUUUAGUUUUCCAUUUACUUGAGCUGGCUAAGUUCAGUGAUUACCACUUUCAUUUUGACAAUUCUCAUUUGUUCUUCAUUUUUUGUCAUUUUUUAUAUCUUGUUUCCUCAUCAGACCCUCAAUAGGAAGACAUACUGUGUAUUCUGUAGCUAGUAUUUCUAAUUCUUUGGUGUUUUGUGAAUCUGAUUCCAUAGUUUUGUUUUGUUGUUGUUGCUAUUGUAUUUUUUUUCCUUUAACUUUUCUUGGAAUAGUUUGAUUUUUGAGCCCACAUUCCUUGGAAUUUCAUCUCUAGAAGCUUUUUUAAGACCUGGGUUAAAAGUUCAUUCUUCCAGAUGGAAUUUCCUUUUGUCUGACUACUGAGGUUAUCAAAGUUGUCAUAUGAAAUUUUCAACAUGACCAUAGAGAGGGAGAAUGAUCAUUAUGUAGGUAUUGUGAAAUUCAUUCCUAGAUCAAGUUGUCUUAGUUACUUUCUCAUUGCUGGGAUAAAAUACCUGACACUCUCAAGUUAAAGAAGUAGUUUAUUUUAGCUUACAGUUUGUAGAGGUUUCAGUCCAUAAUUGGCUGGCAAAGCAGCAUGGCAGAGGAACAUGGCAGAGGAGUAAGAGCAAGGCAGGCAGGAAACAGAGUGCCAGCAAGGAAGGAGGAAGGAUCUAUACACCCAGGCAGUCCAUGCUCUCAGUAACUUGUCUCUUCCCAUCAGACUUUACCCCCCAACGUUACAAUAAAGCCAUAGACUCAUCAGUCGAUCUAUUCAGUAUCACACACCCAUGAUCCAGUAUCACACACCCAUGAUCCAGUCACCUCCCAAAAGCCCCACUAUGAGCCCAUGAGGCUUUGGGGGGACAUCCAGCUCUAACCCAUAACACAGGCAGAAUGCACGUCAUCGAUAGGAAUAUACAGGAGGCAUGCUUGUUUGUCCCACUCAGAGACAAGGCUGAGGCAGGCAAAGACCCUGAAUCUCCAACCUGGCUCUGUGGAGCAAAGUUUCUUUCAAGUCCACCUGGUAAGUCUGUCGGCUCUGCAAGUUCUUGGCUGUGCACCAGGGUUUUGGAUCCCACGCAUGCGUGUGCACACACACUCUUGUUCCCAUCAUGAGCCUUAGGCUCACCUCCUGCCCCUCAGAAGCAUAAUUCCUUCACUUUGUUCUAGGACAUCUAUUCCCUACAUUGCCUGAAGCAGAAACCUCUAUUCUCUUAAAUUCAACUGCAUAGUACACUUUCAUGAUGUCACAGCAGAAAGAACACAUGAAAAAUUGUAUUCUGACUUCUAUUCAAUAUACAAUUAGAAGUAUGUAUAUGAAUUUAGAAUAGAAAAUAAGUAUGAAAUGGUGGAGAAAAUAUUACAUAAAUGAAGUUGACAGUAGAACCAAGACAAAAUGAGAGCCUUAUCGAAUCUAGUGUUUGUGAUUAGAAAAAAAAAUCAUGAAGAAUUAAGUAAAAAGACAUGGAUUCUACCUGUGACAUAACUGGUUUGUUAUCAUCAAGUCACUUUGCUUCUCAGUGCUUCAUUGUGCUCAUUUGCAAAAUAAAAAUAAUAAGGCCUUUCUGACAUCUGUUAUAAUUAAAUAAAAAUAGUUACACAUGUGAACUUGAAAAUACAAAGCAACAUACAAUUGGAAAGUUUAAAGAGAUAUUUAAAUUAUUAUAUACGUUUGAAAUUAUUCUUAUGUACUUUAAAGAGAAUAAUUUCAGAGUCAGUAGUUAAUUCACUAUUAAUUUAUUCAACCAAACAUUAAUCAAGCAUUUUCUCUAUUCUAGAUAUGAUACUAUGCACUGCGUUAUUCGUCCCUUCAAGAAGACACAAUUUAUUAGGGAAAAAACACACAUACAACUAAUUUAUUGUGAGUGUAGUUGUAAGUAAUAAAUUUAUCUCUUUAAAUUCUGAUUUAGCACUAUUUCUAAAUCAUCCAUCAGACAUUUCAAAAUAGUGUUCUAUAAUGAUAAAUUACCAAAUGUAAUCACAUAUAUACACUUAUAUGAUAAUAUAACAAAAAUAACCAAAACCAAUCAUUGAAGCUCUAGAAUUCUAAAAAACUGCUCCAUAUGGAAACCUCUUUUAUUAGAGUGUUUGCAAUACAUAAUAAGUACAUUCAUCAUGAGGAAUUAGUAAAUAUAUAUGGCAUCUUUAUGCUUUUUACUUUCCAUUUUCCUCCAAUCCAUCCCAUCUCCACAGAGCCACUUCUCCGCACAUCCCAUCUGUACAAACUGUCUUUCUGUUUCCUAUCAUGUUUUGCUCUUUAUAUUAUUUAUUCUUUGGAUUUCUCAUAUAAGAGAAACCGUGUGAUAUUGAACCUUUUGUGUCUUGCUUAUUUCAUUUAGUAUUUUGGUCUCAAAGUGCAUCUAUUUUUCUACAAAUGACUCAAAUUUGUCCUUCUUUGUGGCUAAGUAGUACUUCAUUUUAUAAAUUGUUUCUUUUUUUUUUGGUACCUGGGAUUGAACUCGGGUCCUUGCUUUUGCUGUAAAUUGUUUCUUUAGCCAUUUAUUUGAUGAUGGACAUAAAAGUUAUUUCCAAGAUUUAACUAUUAUGAGUUGUGCUGCUGUAAACAUGAGAAUCAUAUAUCAUUGUAAUGUAAUGCCUUUAACUCUUUCAAGCACAUACACAGAAGAGGUAUACCUGGGUCAAAAGAAAUCUCUAUUUUUGAGUUUUCUUAGGAAUCUCCAUACUAAUUUCAAUAGUGCUUAUCCUGAUCUAUUUUCUUACCAGCAAUGUGGAAGAGUUCUUUUUCCCUACAACUUAUUUAAUAUUUGUUGUUUUUUGAGUUUUUGAUGGUAAUCUUUCUUUUUGGAGUAAGAUAGGAUCUCAGUGUUGUUUUGAUUUGCAUUUCUCUAAUGGCCAAAUGUGCCAAACACUUUUUCAUUCAUCUUUUGGCAAUUUGUUCUUCUUUUUCUUAAACUUCCACUCAUUUCAAUUGCUCAUUAUUUGAUUGGGUCUUUUAUUUUGGGGGAUCUAACUUUUUUAGAUCAUUAUAUAGUCUCGAUAUUAGUCUACUGCCUGAGUAGUUGGCAAAAAAAAAAAAUUCCCAUUCUGUAGGUUGUCUCUUUUCUCUAUUGAUUGUUUCCUUUGCUGUGAAAAGCUUUUUAAUGAGAUAAAAUCCAAUUUGUUGAUUCUUGGUGUUAUUUCUUGUGCCAUUAAGGUUCUGUUCAUAAAGUCCUUGCCUAUGCCUAUCUCUUCAAAAUUUUACCUAUUUUAUCUUCCAGCAGACUAAGUGUUUCUGUUUUAUAUCUAGGUCUUGAUCUAUUUUGAUUUGAUUUUAGUACAGGGUACAAGUAGGGGUUUAGAUUCAUUGUUCUACAUGUAGAUAACUAGUUUUCCCAGCUCUGUUUGUUAAAGAAGCUCCACCAUUUUCUCCACCAUAUGUCUCAUCUUUUUAUUCCUACAGCUUUGCCUAAUUUUUGAAUUAAAGGAAAAAAUAACCAAGGUAUUAUUUUAUAUCAAUGAGUAAUAGUAACAAUGCUUCUGAUCAGUUAGUGGAAGCUAAAUAGACACGCUGAUGGAAUUUUUUAAAAGCCAUUUAUCAAUAAAUAAGACAAGUUGAUAAGCAACCUAUAUGGGAACUCUUAUCUAUCUUAUUUUUGCUUUUCUAGAAAAUUUCAUUAUAUCUCCUCCGCUGUAUCAAGUUUUGAAUCAUAUAGGGAAGAAAAGGAGUUUCCAUGCUCAAAAUUUACAUGGUUACUUGUGCAUAUUUUUUCAGAGAGAAUAAUUUGAGUAACAUUUCUGUUCAGCAUGUUUUUUGUUUUGUUUUUGUUUGAUUUGUUUUUUGGUACCAGGGAUCAAACUCAGGACCUUGUGCUUGCAAGGCAGGUGCAGUGCCACUGAGCUAAAUCCUGGCUAAAAUUGAUAUUUUAAAACCCUUUGAAAAUCAAGGCACAAUGUUUAGCCAAAUCUAGACUUUAGUAUAAAAGAAUGGCAAUAAUUAUAUAAAGAAGAAUCCUUGUAAUGUGCCCUUUUUUGGAGUAAUGUGCCUUAUUUUAACCUAUUAAAUUUGCUAAGUUGCAAAAUAUUAUAUUUACUUGCACCAUGUUAUUAGAUGUUCAUAAUCACAUACUUAGUUAGGAAAAAAAGAUUAUAUGCCACAAUUAUAUUCCCUGUAGCAUUAUUUUAAAUUAUAAUAAGCAAUCUCAUAAAAUUCUAUAGUAUUCAUCUAAAACAAUUCUUAAUUAGUCUACUUCAUAUCAGUAAUCAUUAAGGGAUCACUGAACUUUUUAGUUUAAAUGUUUAUUUUGUUAAUACUGUUUUCUAGAGUAAGUUAAAUUUGGUUCAUGAAAAAUACAAAUGCACAAUUUUAAAUAAGUGAUAAUUAGCAAUUUUAAAUCGGGGAUAAUUUGUCAUUGAUUAUUUUUUAGACAGAAAAGUGUUGUAAAUUAUAAAAAAACUAUUGUCUGAUAUAUUUGUCUACUGUUAUCUUUUGAUUUUUAAAAAAAUGACAAUUAUGAAUCUAUGAUUAAGCAAAUUAUUUUUUUAAAUGUGUUAAGAAAUGCAAGUAUUUUGAAAAUAUAAUAUUUAAUGUUCUUUAUUUACAACAAAAUUCAAUAAAUCAACUUUGACAGCA